GAGGCUGGCCGGCCCCCUCGGGGAACCGGCGGUCCCGCGCCCCUCUCGGGCACCCGGCGCGGAGCUGGGCUGGGACUAGUCCAUCGAGACGCGGAUCUUCAACAGUCCCCACCCGCCACCGCCCCCUGCUUUGCGCGUGGAGCCAGGGUUGACUCCAGAAGUCUCCAAGGCUCCUAGCUCAGCGGAUCUUUCCCGCGAAGGGCGAGGCCGGCGUUCCCAUUUGACAGAUGGGAAAACAACCGCAAAAAGGCCAGCACUUGAGCAGGGAACACACAGCUAGUCAAGGGCAGUUCGAGAUUUGAAUCUGGUCUGCUACUGCCCUCUGACCCUGGCUGGGCAGCCAUGAGCCACCGGAUCCUGCUGCUUCUGGCCGUGCUGACCCUGGGCCUGGCUACCUCCCAACACCGAGACAAGGUGCCCUGUAAGAAGGUGGACAAGGAAGUCUUGUGCCGGGGCCUUGGCCUACUCCAGGUCCCCUCGGUGCUCCCGCGGGACAUCGAGGUCCUCGACCUGUCUGGGAACCAGCUGCGGAGCAUUCUGACCUCACCCCUGGGCUUCUACACAGCGCUUCUUCACCUGGACCUGAGCGCCAACGAGAUUAGCUUCCUCCAGCCAGGGGUCUUCCAGGCCCUGCCCCACCUGGAGCACCUCAACCUGGCCCACAACCGCCUGGCGGUGGGCACGGCGCUGAGCACUGGGGGUCUGGGUCCCCUGCCACACCUGACGUCCCUGGACCUGUCUGGCAACAGCCUGUACAGCGGCCUGGCGGAGCGGCUGCUGGCGGAGGCGCCCGCCCUGCGCAGCCUCUCGCUGGCGGAGAAUAGCCUGACGCGCCUGGGCCGCCACACCUUCUGGGGCACGCCUGCGCUCGAGCGGCUGGACCUUCACAGCAACGUGCUGAUGGACAUCGAGGACGGAGCCUUCGAGGCCCUGCCCCACCUGGCACACCUCAACCUCUCCAGGAACUCCCUCACCUGCAUCUCCGACUUCAGCCUCCAGCAGCUGCGGGUCCUAGACCUGAGCUGCAACAGUAUCGAGGCCUUUCAGACGGCCCCGGAGCCCCGGGCCCAGUAUCAGCUCGCCUGGCUCGACCUGCGGGAGAACAAACUGCUCCACUUCCCCGACCUGGCCGCACUUCCGAGGCUCAUUUACCUGAACGUGUCUAACAACCUCAUCCGCCUCCCUGCGGGGCCGCCCCAGGGCGGCGAGGGCCUUCACGCGCCUUCCGAGGGCUGGUCCGCCUUGCCCUUCUCCAACCCCGGCCGCAACGCCAGCACCCAGCCCCUCUCUCAGCUCUUGAAUCUGGAUUUGAGCUACAAUGAGAUUGAGCUCGUCCCGGAGGGCUUUCUUGAGCACCUGACUUCCCUGCGCUUCCUGAACCUCAGCCGGAACUGCUUGCGGGCCUUUGAGGCCCGGCGUGUGGGCUCCCUGCCUUGCCUCGUACUCCUGGACGUGAGCCACAAUGCGCUGGAGACCCUGGAGCUGGGUGCCAGGGCCCUGGGGUCUCUGCAGACGCUGCUCCUACAGGACAACGCCCUGCGGGGCCUGCCCCCGUACACCUUCGCCGGCCUGGCCAGCCUGCAGAGGCUCAACCUGCAGGGGAACCGGGUCAGCCCCUGCGGGGGCCCAGGUGAGCCUGGACCCGCGGGCUGUGUGGCCUUCUCUGGCGUCUCCUCCCUCCGCGUCCUGAACCUGGCGGACAAUGAGAUGGAGACGCUCCGGGCAGGUGCCUUCCUCCACACUCCGCUGACCGAGCUGGACCUCUCUGCCAACCCUGGGCUGGAUGUGGCCACAGGGGCCUUGGCGGGCCUGGAGGGCUCCCUGGAGGUCCUGGCCUUGCAGGGCAACGGGCUGGCCAUCCUGCAGGUGGACCUGCCCUGCUUCAGCUGCCUCAAGCGGCUCAAUCUGGCAGAGAACCGCCUGAGCCGCCUGCCUGCCUGGACGCAGGCUGUGUCCUUGGAGGUGCUGGACCUAAGGAACAACAGCUUCAGCCUCCUGCCGGGCAGCGCCAUGGGCGGCCUGGAGACCAGCCUGCGGCGCCUCUACCUGCAGGGGAACCCCCUCAGCUGCUGCGGCAACGGCUGGCUGGCGGCCCAGCUGCACCAGGGCCGUGUGGACGUGGACGCCACCCAGGACCUGAUCUGCCGCUUCGGCUCCCAGGAGGAGGUGUCCCUGAGUCACGUGCGUCCUGAGGACUGUGAGAAGGGGGGGCUCAAGAACGUCAACCUCAUCAUCAUCCUCACCUUCGCACUGGUGUGUGCCGUCCUUCUCACCACGCUGGCCACCUGCUGCUUUGUCCGCCGACAGAAGUUCAACCAACAGUACAAAGCCUAGAGAGGCUGGGGGCUACAGACCGCCUCUGUCGGGGGACCCUGCCAGGUCAGUGGGGGAGCCAGAGGCACGAAGAAGGGUGGGGACUGACCCAAGAUUACCCAGCGAGCCAGGAUCCAAGAACCCUGGUCUCUCAGUCCCAGCCCUGGGCUCCUUUCCCUGUAUCCUGCUGCAUCAGUAGGUGACCCACUUCACAGGGCACACAUGUGGUCCAGCUGUGGAAGCUGGAAGAUGGGCAGUUGCAGGAGUGACAGAGUGUAAGGUUGACCCAUCGGAUCAACACAUCUUCACCAGGCAUCUGUUUUGUGCCACACCCUGCCCUGGGCACUGGGGACACCAGGGAAUGAGACACAUCCCUACCCUCAGCAUCGCCCAGGCUGGGUGGGGAGGUGGCUGCAGAGCAUGCAGUGACCACACGGAGUGUGGAAGCCAGGGCUCUGCAGCCCCAGCUGGCUGAGUGUGGAUCGUCCUGCCCCUGUUGGGCCAGGGUAGGAGAGGGGUAAGACCAAGAGGAUUUGUCUGAGAUGUUUCCAAGCAGACUCUUUGUCACGUCUUCUGAUAGUGACUUUCAGCUUCUCUGGAACAUAAAAAGCUUGUGACCGGAAGAGAGCUGGAGGCACUUGAGUAAGGCUUGGAUCCAGUGCUAUCAGGCGGGCUGCGGCAGCUCCAGCAGGGCCUGGUUAAGAGGCGGUCUCCCUGGGCUCCAGCCCAGCACUGGACCAUUCCGUUUCCUGCUCCGGGCAGGCUCUUUCCCCUACCUGGCACUCUCGUGUUGCACACACCGGCCAAGAUACUGCCCUAGCCCCCCUACUCCCUGCCCAGGCCCCCUGCUCCAUCCCAGUCCCACCCUGCCUGGUGAGCCAGGAGUAAGAACCUUAGGUAUCUGGUUCUGUUUUGCACCACACUUGGCAGUGGUGACAAACCCAAGCCUGCAUCUGCCUCUUUAUGACAACCCUCUGAGGUUGGUAUUUUAUCCCAUUUUACAAGAGUCUCCAAAAGUCUCCCUCCAGGGACCUCCAGCUAAGAAAUGCCAGGACUGAGCUCCAGACUCACAUCCUCCUGAGUCCAGAGCCUGAGCUUGGCCACUGCAGGGGCUGCAGGCUGUUAGGUGGACAGGAACUGGCCCCACGUGGCCGGAUCAAGGCCCGGGAGCAUCCUGUGCUGUGCACACCCACCCGCUCCUCUCCCUCCUCUCUCCCAGGCGGGCAGAGAGAAGAUGCGCAGCCACAGGCCCUCUCCUCCUCCUGUGCCUCAUUUUCCCUUAUUCCCUCAUUUGCAGACUAGGCGGGCUCUCCUUUUUCUCUUCUUGCUCUUGCGUGCCCUCCUUCCCUCUCCCUCCUUUGAGCCUAGCCUGGACUUUGAAACCAUCGAGUCCGACCUCCCUGUUGCACAGAUAGGGAGGCUAAGACUGAGGAAGAGAAUGGGACUUGCUCAGAGCUGCACAAGUCAGUGGCAGAGCCUGUGAAACAAGGUGGAUUCAGACCUCAUUGAGGGGGUGUGCGGGGGGGCUUGGUGGUUGGACCUGAAUGGUUUCCUUCUCUCUCAGCUGUGACAUCACAAGAUGAUGCUGGCUCCAAACUCUCUUACUAGUCCUCAUCAUGCAGGGACUAUUUUUUUCGCCCUAGAAAAAUGGAUAGAAAAAUCCCAUCCAGAUAUAACCGCCUGUUUCUCAUACCCAUGAAAUCGUGCGCUGUCUGGGAAGAAAGGAAGCCCUGGGAUCAGCCCGGGACCCUGUGUCAUUGUCUUCACCCUCUUACCUGUGCUUGGCCCGCACUCAGGCUCACGACGGUGCUCGGUAAAGUGUGAGAUGAUGAAAAUGCCCCUCUCUCCACCCCAUUUUACAGAUGAGAAAACUGAGGCCCAGAGCGGGUCGAGGACUCAGGGAGUCAACGGCAGAGCCGGGGCUAGAACCUGGUGGCUUGGCCCCAGCCCGGGGCCCUGGUGGCGAGUGGGGCAGCCGGUGGGUCCAGUCCUGUUUGGGAUCAUGACCACAGGUGCUCACUGCACACAAACACUCUUCCUCAGGCCUGGAGGGCAAGGUGUGGGCCCCUCCGUGCCUGAUCUUUGAGAACACUACACAAUGCUGCUCUCACCCCCCAGGACCCAGGCUACAACCCAGGCCUCGGGGCCAGCUCUUUGUGUAACCCACGUGAAUGUAUUAAAAAAUGAUUU